ACAAUCCUGGUUUUCUCUGUUUCUCAGGUUGAAUCACAAAUUAACCUUCCAUUUCCGAAAAGACACCAACCCACAACCCUGUUUCCAUUAAAGCAAAACUCAGAAGAAAAUGAGACCCAUUGGUCACGUCAACACAAUGAAAGAAGCACCAAAGCCCUUAAUGGCGCAACCACGCUCCCCAUGGCACUCACCCGUGCCUUACCUCUUCGGAGGCCUAGCAGCCAUGCUGGGUCUCAUUGCUUUUGCUCUCUUCAUCUUAGCUUGCUCCUACAGGCGAACCCCCGACAACGAUGGCGGUGAAGAAACAGACGUUGAAAGCGGUGAUUCAGUGAAGGAAGUAAAGGUUUACGAGGAGAAAAUAUUGGUGAUAAUGGCUGGUGAACUCAAGCCUACGUUCUUGGCUACCCCUGUUUCAAAUAAGGCUCCCUCGUUUGGUGAUAAAAAUGGUGGAUUCGUGGGCGAACAAGGAUCGGAGAAAGGUGGAAGCGGUGAGAAAGUGAAACCAAAUAUGAGCAGUGAUGAUAAUCAUCAACGAUUGCCAACAACAAUAACAGAAAAUUCUGCCGACCCAGUGAACAAUGAAACAGGACAAAUCCAACACCAAAAUUAAAAACCAGUUAGCUUAGCUUAGCUCUGUUUUGUUUUGUUUUUAGGUUGAUGUUUGGGUUUCGGCUUAUCGGUCCCGAGAAAAUUGUUGUUUUUAAUUUGAUCAUGGGGGGAUGUAUAUUUUGCAGAGAAGGUAAAAAUAGACGUAAAACAGAAUUUUGUUCCUAAAUUUUAACAAUAAAUCUUGUGUACAUUGAGAUUUCA